AUGGGUUGGACUCAGAUGAUGUAUGGAACCCUGUUCUGCCUCUUGAUAGGCAUAGCUGGGGUAAGUCAUUUGAUACAGGGGGCACGUGUAUAUUUGUGUAUUAUGGCAGUUCACUUUGGUUUUUAAUUAAUUUCACAAAUGUUUAGCAUCAUGUAUUUCAUUUAUCAUUACAAGAGCUAUAUUUAUAAAAGUAUCUAUUAAAUUUUUUUAAGUUUAUCUUAAUAUUCAUAUAUUUGUUUUGCUUAACAUAUUAAUAUUUUCUUAUUGUAGUAUAAAUUAUUGACAUGAUAAAAAUAGUAAGAAUUUUUUUCUCAUAUUGUGGACAGUAUGCAUCGUAUAAUUUAAUUCAAAAUGACCAAAAAUCUAAUCUUAGGAACCUUAAAAUGCAAAUGACAUUAUAAUAAUUAAUGAUGCUUGCCUGGACAUCUGAUUGUUACUUACUCCAAAUACUUUUAUUCUUUUACUAACCAUAACAACAGCAUCACAAAAAAAACUAACACCUUGUUAAACUAUUGAACUUCUCAUGAUAUGUAUCAAUAAUUGAAGGGAGACUGCUAUCAACAAGAUAUGAAUUUUAUUUUGUAAUAUAAGUUGUCAUAAAAAUAUUCCUUUAUUUGUUUUUACCCUAUUUUAAGAAAAAAAAAGUUAAAUAAUUUACAAACUGUACAUAUUAUACAGAAGAGAAUAUAUAACAUUAUAUUAUAAAUCUGCCUCUAGUUUUAUUUAAUGACCUUAAUAUGGAAAGAGUAACUUUAGGCUUUGAAGAAAUACAUUUGGUUCUUUAUGAGAAUUAAUAUAGUACGGCUAUCCAGCAAUCGAUAACUCGUCUCGGGGGAUCAUUUUAAUAUCCUCAGUAACGGGAGUGCGUGACACAGACAUUAAGUUAUGCUUAAACGGUAUAGGAUAAACAAAACAAAUAAGCAUUCAUAUAAACAGCAUAUUUCAGUUAAAUGUUCAAAAGUUAAAUAUGUAAUAAAAAGCGUACAAAAAAACUAAAAUAAAAUCUCAUUGAUUUCCAGAGUGGUUCUAAGCAAUUUCCAUUCUCUACCUUUCAGAAAUACAGUUUCAAAUAUGUACAAUUUACCUAAAAAAAAAUGUAUUUAGUUUUUAAAGAUCUUUUGAUACUACAUAAAAUGUUAAAUGAUAAUUUAUAAAUUAUUUUAAAAUUGUUAAAAAAAACAAUAAGAAUAAAAUAAAAUUUCCCCAUAUUUGCAUAAACCUAUUGAGAAUAAUGUAGCUAAACACACCUCAAAAUAAAUAUUGUGUUUGUUACAGUUUUGUAAAUAUUCCAUGCAUAGUGACUUUUUAUAUAUUUUACUAAUUAUAGGGUACAAUGAUUAACUCUUUAAACCUUUGAGCUUUCAAACUUUGAUAGGCUAGAGAUAAAAGUGCAAUAAAAGUCACGUCACUGGGCUCAUAAAUGCCAAAUACGCAUAUAUGUUUUUAACUCCCCUUAAAGAAUGAGGCAAUUGUACACGUUCUAAUCAAUAAACAACCAGGAAUUUGUGUUAUAUGUUUGUUCAAACAUAAUUUACCUCUUUCAUAUAAAAUGCACCCAGGCUUAUUAUAUAUCAUUUGUUCAAGAUAAACAUUUAACAUCAAAUAUUUAUAUAUGAAACAUAAUUUAAUGUAAAUACAUUAUAAAGAAGUGUGAGAAAUUAAGAAAUGUUGAUAUUUUCCAACUUCUGCAUGGCAUUUUAAAUGUGAAUGUCAUAGAACUGUUAAUAAAAUCCACAUAUUUGAGUUCAGUAAUGUCUCACGAGUACAGCAGUACCCCCCAUGUACAGAGUUUAUGGGGCUUUGUGAAUUAACAUGGUCAAAUAUAGGACUUUCUCCCAUUUCAGUUUUUACACAUUGAAAUUUGCCAGAUUGGUUAUGUUGUCUAUGAGACUGUAUGGCAGCCCAGGACUGAAAAUAACUGUAGCAGAAUGAGUUUGCUAUACAAUACUUAUUCCUCUCUGUUCAGGCUACAGAUCAGGUAAGUGAGGAUGAGGGGGCAGCCUACAGAUCAGGUAAGUGAGGCAUGGGGGGCAGCCUACAGAUCAGGUAAGUGAGGCAUGGAGGGACAACCUAUAGAUUAGGUAAGUGAGGCAUUGGGGGUUAGCCUACAGAUCAGGUAAGUGAGGCAUGGGGGGCCAACCUACAGAUUAGGUAAGUGAGGCAUGGGGGGUCAGCCUAUGGAUCAGGUAAGUGAGGUUGAGGGGGCAGCCUACAAAUCAGGUAAGUGAGGCAUGGGGGGUCAGCCUACGGAUCAGGUAACUGAGGAUGAGGGGGCAGCCUACAAAUCAGGUAAGUGAGGCAUGGUGGAAACCUUUCAGAUCAGGUAAGUGAGGGAUGGGGGCAGGCUACAGAUUAGGUAAGUGAGGCAUGGGGGCAGCCUACAGAUCAGGUAAGUGAGGCAUGGGGGGCCAACCUACAGAUUAGGUAAGUGAGGCAUGGGGGCCAACCUACAGAUCAGGUAAGUGAGGCAUGUGGGGCGCUAUGUGUGAAGAGAGGCAGGGAUCAAAAGCUACAUCUUAUCCCUGCUUCUCUCUCCUGACUUGGGUGCUAAGAUAUGGGCUUUUUGGGGGAUAUAAGACUUGUGGGGUUCCUGUAUAUUUUUUAUAUGUUUUGGGGGUAUUUUGUAUAUUUUUGCAUUGUUUCCUGUAACUAAGAGGUGUUCGUUCUAUUUUCUAUGGAGACCCAAUGCUGGGGUCUGUGCAUAAAAGGCUGAGUAUGGCAUAAUAAACCUCCGUUGACUCCCAAAACUAUGUGUUGUCUAGUUACUUAGGGGAAGGAGUUAUAAUCACAGCAGCGAUACUUACAGCUUAGAGGAAUAAUCAGCUGAGAUACCUAUUCAGGGUAUUGGAGCUCCGCUACAAUUACCUCCAUCAUGGCAUGCCAUUUGUAACAGUAGACAACACAGGGUAUUCAAAAUGGGUUUCUGUCCAGUCUUUUUUAGAAGACAUGUAGUCACACACCCCUCAUAAAGCUGAUCUUCCUCCUUCCCUUUUCCUGUAAGUUGAUGGUGCUUGCAUCAGUCCGUCCUUGCAAGCUCGCUAUCUUGGUGUUAUCUUUGAUCCUGGCCUCUCCUUUGCGCCUCAUAUCCAGAAUGUUGCUAAAACCUGUCGAUUCCACCUUAAAAACAUUACCUGCAUCCGCCCCUUCCUUAUGCAAGAUGCUGCCAAGGAGCUUGUUCAUGCUCUGGUAAUAUCUUGCAUCGAUUACUGUAAUUCUCUCUUAGUUGUUCUCCCCAGAAGCCGAACUGCCCCACUAUAAUCAGUAAUGAAUGUGGUCGCGAGGCUGAUCUUACCCAUCGCUCCUCCCAUACCUCACCCCUCUGUCGAUCCUUACAUUGACUUCCUGUAUUCUAUAGGUGUCAAUUCAAAAUACUAACCCCUUACCCAUAAAGCUCUAACCAACUCUAGCCCCUCUUACAUUUCUUCACUGAUCCAUAGAUAUGCCCCUACUAUGUCUCUCCACUCUUUCUGUGACUUUUUCCUGUCCGCUGCUCGCACCAUUACUGCUGACUCGUGCUUGCAGGACUUCUCGCGGGCAGCUCCCUUACUUUGGAACAGCCUGCCUACCCCCAUCAAACUCUCCCCUAGUUUUCAAUUGAUUAAAAAGUCCCUCAAAACGCAUCUGUUCAGAAAUGCUUAUGGAUUCCCAGAGUAACUUAUCUAUAAUUAUCCAUAUCCAUCUCUUGCUCUACUAAAGAGCCACACUCCACUCUCACCUCCAGCUAUGCUACUUUCCCACCUUGUUUGGUGGCUGUCCCCCUUGCUGCCCUGUCGUGUAUUUGUAUCCCACCUCCUCUAGACUGUAAGCUUGUUUCAGCAGGGCCAUCAUCUACCUAUUGUUCCUGUGUCCCAGUGUAAUUGUAACAGUGUAUGAUUCAUCCUCACAUAGAAAUGUUUAUGAUGGUAUUCACCGUCCUGACAGGAAAUAGUUGUGCCCAUCUGCAGCCAUGCACCCAGAUACCUGAUAAACCCAGCAUGUCUAGGGACGCUGGACGCUUUGGAUCUAUGCCCCUUUAUAGCCCCAUGGCCGCCCACGUUGAUGAUGACAUCGGCGUGCGUGUGACAUCACAUACGCGCAUGUUUUGGGGUCAAAGGCUGGUUACUACCAAUCGUAAUAACAGGAGGGUUAUUUAAACUACUUUUUACAUUCUCUCAUUGCCCCCUCAUGGUUUCUGCCUGAUGGUAAUCCGAGAGUGCGUUCCUGAUCUUGAUUUUUUGGGAUUUGACUUUGUUCUGACUUCCCUGAUUUCUGUAUCCUUGACUUUUGGCUUUUUCUCAUUGCUGUGUCUGAUUUUCUAUCCCCGACUUCAGCAAGUAUUCUGACUAUUAUUGGAUACUUUAAGUCCGGCCAUUCUAAGGUCCGGUUAAACGUUAUUUUUAGUCCUAGGUGUGAUACAAUUCUGCGUGCCUGGAUCAAUUAGUAAUCCUGACAGUAAUUGUGUCAUUUAUUGUAAAUCCUCCCCCUUUCAUAAUAUUGUAAAGUGCUGCGGAAUUAGUUGUAGCUAUAUAAAUACCAAUAAUAAUAAUAAUAAUAAUGGCCAAAGUUAGAGCUUAUAUGUUUUAUUUUUUGCAUUUUUCUUCUCUAUAUAUCUUUUUUCUUUUUUAAUUGUGUAUUUUGUUUUUUAUUUAUUUUUUAAUUUUUUUACUGUAUAUAUUUUUCUGCAGUAAUGACCUUUUCAUUAGUAGGAUUCGUGAUGUUUUCAUUACCACCUUCCGAUAGGUAGGUGCCAAAAUUCUAUUUUUAAUUUUUUUUUACAAUUCAAUAGAGUCCAAGGGUCAUGUCCCUAGUAGCUUCAUUUACAACCACCAAAUAUAACCAAAUUACCCAUAAUAAAUACUAAUAAUCGACUAGGUUCACAUUCACAGUAUGAAUUUGAGUCUUUUUUCUGGAAGAGAAUAUGUCCCUUAACCAUCAAUCAUCCUGUUUUCUCAUCAAUCACGCCUUUAGUUUGGCAACGCUGAGAGAACUCUGAAUUAUGUUACAAAUAAAACUGCUUGUCCAUUGUCAGUGCUGGUUGUUUCAUCAUAUUUCCAUAUGGCUUUUCAUAAUUACCGAAUUCUAGUGAACAGCAAAUCGCCCAAAAUUCUGACAACCUGCAAUUUGUUUGAAACCAAAUUCACAAAUCUAGUGUGUAUGUAUGUAUAUAUAUUUUCUUUUAAUAAAAUACAAAUUUUAGUUUAAAAAUUGUUUCAUGAGAUUGGAAGCUCACGGCAGGUCCCUCUUAUACUGUAUUUUCUUUUUCCCAAUUGUACAGCGCUGCAGAAUAUGUUGGCACUUUAUAAAUGCCAGUAAUAAAUAAAUAAAUGUGCGGAAAUUCUUCACACAAACUCCCAUUACGCAUUUUGUAUUUUUACAUUUGCAAUUUUACAUUGUGGAAUAUAUGGCAAGUAUAAUAAGUAGCAUCCCAAAGAGUUAACUCCCAUAUAGAAAAUGUUUUAAAAUCUUCAGAUGUAGGGAAAAGGAAGUAUUACAUUUUGUGUGAUAUUUUAAUAAUAAUUAAAGAGUCAAUCUAAGCAUCAUAAGAACUGUAUCUUAUUGAAGUGGUCAUGGUGCAACGGCUGUAUCCUUAAAAGCUUUCCUUUUUAAAAAUGUAAUGUAGAACAGCCUCCCUGAUCUGUCAAUCAGCCAUCUGGAAUACUGUGUUCCUGACUGGCAAUAUGUGUACAUAGCACACAAAGCAUGCAUGAGUUACACAUGUUAAGCCCAAUCAUCCUUUUCCUACAGAGCACCGCAAUUAUGGAACGACCUCUCGCACACUUUCAAAUCUUCCCCAGGCCUAAAAUCCUUUGAUAGAUCCCUCUCUGUACACCUCAAAGCAGAAUGCACCUGUCAUGGUUGAUUAUAUAUUUCCUACCUGUUCUAUGUUAAAUUUUGUAUAUAUUGUGGAUUAAUAUUGUUUUUGUAUUUUAUUGUACCCCAUUGUAUCAAUGCCAUCUUUUGUGGACCCAGGACUUUCUUGAAAACGAGAGAAAUCUCAAUGUAUCCUUCCUGGUAAAAUAUUUUAUAAAUAAUAAAUAAUAAUAAAAAUUUACUGAAGUGAGAAUUACUAGUGAAUUUUAAAUUUAAGGAUAUAGUAGCAAACUGACUGCAGAGCCAGUAUUAUAUGGGCUCCAGAACCAGAUGAGCAAUAUAGUAUGGAUAAUCAGUUGUGAACCUUUAACAACACUCUGCACUAUUAUUCUGCCUUUUGUGUCUCAUGUCAUGUACAUAUCUAAUUGGAGUCAGUAAAAGGGAUACAAGCAAGAUGGUCCCUGCUGCUACCUUAAAGGCACAGAAAGCCAGUACAUUCAGAGCCAUAACGUUGAAAAGGCUCUAGAAUUGUGAGCAUUCCCUUUUAAAAUUUGAUUCUAUUUAUAUCAAUUGUAAACAAUAUUGUACCAUUGUAUAUUUCUUUUUAUCUUUUUUCCGGUUUAUAUAUAUAUAUAUAUAUAUAUAUAUGAAAACGUUUCAUGCUGUUUGGGUAAGCCGUGAUUUUUUAGCGCUGCACUAUACACUAUACAGUGUUGUUUUUGGAAUGGGUAGUAUCACCUAAACCUUGUUCUAGAAUAUUGUGUUUUUUGUUCACUAUUGGAUUUCUGGGUAAAUAGGAGAACCCAAAGAGUGCCAAAGCUGCUAUUAGAAAAAAAUAUAAAUUUUCCUCUUGUAAUUUUACCAAACGCUCGAGUAUCAAACAUAAAAAUCUUAACUUUUGACAUUGAGAAUUGUUAAACUUUUUAAAGUUAAAAUUCCCAUUAGUUAAUAACCCUGACAGUGUCAAAGUUCCCGGUGCCUAAAUCUCAGAAUUCUAUAACUCCUUGAUAAAGAAAUAACAUAAAUAGUUUUAUUCUUAAACCUAUUCUCUUCCUGGUUGCAAAGGGAAACCAAAAAAGCACAAGCAAUUCAGUUGGCUAUUUAUGUCCUAUCUAACUGGGUCCUGCCCUUGACGGUCUACAACUGCUAUUAUGCACAGUGAGAUUUUGUGUGAGGCUAUUGGCAAUUUAUAUGACAGUGAGGCAACCACUUCCUAGAUGUGAAAUAUAGAGUGACUGAUCUGGGGGGUGGAGGGGGGCAGGGUAAGUGCCCCUUCUUCUGAGCUGGUCCCUCAAGCAUAGGGGGAGAAGAGAGAACUUGGUCUAUUCGCCAUCAUUAAUAUAUUAAUAAAAUACUUACAUUUUUUUUACAAAAUAACAUAAUAAAUAUAUAUAAAAUAAAAGUGUGUGUGUAUAUAUGCAUAUUCAUAUAUACAAAUUCUAUGUAUAUACUUAUCUAUUAAUUUUAUGUGAUUAAGUAGUUUUAUUAAUUAUAAUUUGACGGAACUGACUGAUAACCCAGGCAGAAAGUCCAGACAAUUUAAUUUGUAAGCCCUAUAUUUGACCCUGUAACUUUCCAAAAUUCCAGAAAACCUGUACAUGGGGGUACUGUUGGUCUUGGGAGACUUUGCUGAAUACAAAAAUGAGUGUUUUAAAAUAGUAAAAUGUAUUAUGACGAUGAUAUCAUCAGUGAAAAUACAGUUUAUAUGUAAAAAUGCAAAUAAAUUAAAAAAUAACACUCACUUUGGCCAGUGUUUGUGACUAAGUGACUACUAAAAAAGACUGGGCAUACCCUAUUUUAAAUACCCUGGGUUGUCUACUUUUCCAAAUGGUAUGCCAUGAUCAGGUUAAUUUUCAUUCAUGGGCUGCCUCAAAGGCAACAUAGGGUCAACAAACCAAUCUGGCAAAUUUCAAUGUGCAAAAAUGGAAAAGGGAAAAGCCCUAUAUUUACAUCCUUUAAGUGUCAAAAAAAACCAUGGAACUUGUACAUGGGGGAUACUCGAAAGACAUUGUUGAAAACACAUAUGCGUAUUUCAUUUAAGACAGUCAAAGUUAAAAAUGUCCUACAGAAUUUGAAAAUAACAUUUCUUAAUUCCUCACAGUUUUAGAUUUUAUUCAAAUAAAAAUAAUGUUUCAUAUAUAAAUAUUUUGAUGUGAAAUUAACCCCUUAAGGACACAACUUCUGGAAUAAAAGGUAAUCAUGAUGGAAUAUUUCCAUCAUGUGUCCUUAAGGGGUUAUAGCCCUGAAAUUAAAGCCUCCUGAACAAAAUGAUAUAUAUAUAUUAAGUGUGGGUGCACCUAAUAUGAAAGAGGUGAAUUACGGUUUCUAUAGACAUAUAGUCAAAUUCCAGGUUUUGUUUACAUUUUGUUUUGAUCAGAACUUGUACAAUUGCCUCCAUCCUUAAACGGUUAAGGGGACACUCAUCGAAGUGGUCUGGGUGCAGUGUACCUUUCGUACUGCAAAUGGGACUCUAGUGGGAUGAAAAUCUGAAGACACUACAAGCAACCGGCAAUUGUUGUUAGUAAUGACAGCUUAUUGACAGCCAUUUAUCAACAAGAUCGUAAACGAGCCCACAGUGCGAGCCUUCAUAUGUUCUGGCUGUGAGAUGCUUGCAGAUGUACUUAGUUAUGUGCGUGACCCAAGUUUUUAUAACAUAUCUCUGAGGGGUCAUUGCCUUCCUCACGUCAAGUAAUUAGGUGCCAGAUUUUGUAAAUAAUUAAAUACGUUUAAGUGUCGAAUUGUGUAAAUUAGGUCUUCACUUGAAAAUUAUUUAUGUUUCAAAUGAUUUACAAUGUUGUGGAUUAUGUUACAGUUUUCUACAGAUGUUUAUAAGAAAGCUCAAAAAAAAUAUUUUAUUUUGCCUGUUUUCUUUGGGGGGGGGACUACGAAUUCUUCACCAGCACAGAUUUUUUAUGGCUGUCCAAACACAUACGUCUCUGUUAGCGGUGUUACAGCUACUUCAGUAGUCUGUGUGAGACAGAUGCUGUGGGCUAUUGUUUGCCACUUGAGUUUAGUUCCACUAAGCCAAAUAACCAGCACAUAGCAAAUCAAGCUGUCUGAUUGACAGCCGGGGAGGAGUUACAAGGCUCAUUCAUAAACGUGAUGAAUUUCUAAAUCAGCAGUUUUAUAAAUUGGAAUAAUAGGACACGCAGUUCAUACAUAAAGCACAUCAGCAAGCUUGGAGUGUUACUUUAACAUAUAGCAACUGCCUUGGUGUAUCUGAGAUCAAUCUGUAAUAUGCAACUAUAUAAUAUCCAAUCAUGUUUAGUUUUGUUAGAUCAAAGCUUGAUAAAGAUACUAUUUGUGGUUUGAAAAUUUGCCUUUUUCUGAGAUUACAGGAGUUGUCUUGAUAAAGACUCUAUUUUGGAGUCACAAUGUCACCUGUUUAUCAAAUUAAAUUAAGAGGUUGCAAAGGGAAAGUCAGGGUAUGAUAAAGAGAUCACAAUAUCACUAAGAUGUGCUGGAUAUUUUAACUUAUGUGGUUUCCAUCUACAAUGACCAAUUGGGUCAGAGAGUGCAGAGCGCCACAUAUAACACCAGGGAAGCAUGGCAGGAGCACUGGACCACCAGGGCAGGCAGUGUCAUGGGGUCCUGCCAUACAAGGGAUAGAGGAAGGGCCCCAGGCAGGCUCCUUUGGAACCAAACAAACCAGGUUCUAGCCAGGGGAGUGAACUGGACUGAGAGUAGGUAAGGGUUUCUGUGUCAGUGUUGGCAUCUGUGCUUGUGCAUAAGUGUAUUUAUCUGUGCAUGUGUGUCAGUGUUUGUGCUUUUCAGUGCUUGUACCAGUGUUUGUGUGUGUCAAUGAAUGCAUCUGUGCAUGUAUGUCAGUAUGUGUCAAUGUUAUUGUGUAUGCGUGUCUAUCUGUGUGUGUGUAAAUGUGUCUACAGGCAUCUAUGUACUGUAGUGUAUGGGUAUUUCUGUGUAUGGCAAUGUGCCCACGUAUUUGCGUGUGUGGCAGCGCUUAUGUAUUUGUGCAUACACAUUUGCAUGCAGUCACCGAUAUUACACAUAAACACACCCCUGUAUUUAAACCCCAACACUGUAAAUAAAAACAGUCCUGCAUCCAAACACCUGCAGUUAAAUGCCUACACUGCACACAAACAGACCCCCUGCAUUCAAACAUCAGUAUACACAAACAUAUACACAAAUAUACUGCAUACAAAAACACACUGACAUUCACAAAUACAGCAUACAAAUAGAAACCUGCAAGGGUGGGUAAAUAGGUUAAAAAUAUUACACUGUGCUUAUGUUCUUCCCUGCAGAGCUAGCUUUAAAUCAUGUUCUAGAUGGAGCAUAAAUAGUUGACAACUUUCUCUGACCGUGACACGUUCUCCAAUUGUAGUAGAUAAAUAUUUAAAAUAGGUAUGCAAAAACAAAACACACACUAACAUUUUAAAAUAAAUUUGGAAACAUAAAAACCAAACAAAGUCUGAAAUAAGAGUGAAGGUAAUAAAGGAUAACUUUAGAAAGUAGUAAUUAAAGGGACACUAUAGUCACCAGUGCAACUACAUGUAUUCCUGACCCUAUAGUGUUAACACGACCAUCUAGCUCCUCCCCCGUCUCCCCCCCGGGCCCCUUAUGCAUCCAUAAAUAUAGUAAAAAUCUUACUGUAUUCAAGCCAGAAGCUGUAAAUCCGCAUGCUGUUAGACUCAGAAAAACAAGCAGUCUGCUGACAUGUGAUAGCCUGAUCCAAUCACAGUGCUUCCCCAUAGGAUUGGCUGAGACUGACAAGGAGGCAGAUCAGGGGCAGAGCCAGCAUGAUUCAAACACAGUCCUGGCCAAUCAGCAUCUCCUCAUAGAGAUGCAUUGAAUCACUUAAUCUCUAUGAGGAAAGUUCCGUGUCUGCAUGCAGUGACUGCAACUGGAGGUCUUCCUAGCUUUCAAUGUAAACACUGUAAUUUCUCAGAAAAUACAAUGUUUACAUGAGAAAGGCUGCAGGGAGCUAUAGUUCUCACCUGAACAACCUCAUUAAGCUGAAGUUGUUCAGGUGACUAUAGUGUCCCUUUAAAGAAAAUCUGGAAAGUAAAAGAAAGGAAUUAAAAUUGGGAUUGUUACCCACCUUAAACAUGUAGGAAGAACAUGUUUACCUAUAUUAACCUUCUCCCAGGUUGAAAAGCCUUUGUAUUUGUGAUCAGCGACAGUAAGCAGAGUCCUCAAUGGUGAAUGAAUUGGUGGCCCAAUGAAAUGUGGUCAAAAUAAUAAAACUUGCUAAAGACCAAAAAUGAUAGGAGAGUGUGGAUCGAUCUCCGUGCUUGCUGAAACAGGCAAAAUCGUGUGCGGAGAGACUGUUAAAAUUGAGAGCUGUAGGUUGGGAUUGGAAAGGUAAAGGAAUCAUCCAAGAUGUUGAAAUCCUGUUUGGAAGACAAUAUUCUAAUGAGAAGUAGAGACAAUCACUUAAACCAGUUGUUCCCAACCCAGUCCUCAAUUACCCUCUACCAGUCCAGGAUUUAGGGAUUACCCUGUUGUGUCUAAAAUGUUUAUUUUUUAUUUAUUUUUAAACACCUUAGACACAACUGGGUAAUCCCUAAAUCCUGAACUGUUAGGGGGUACUUGAGAACUGGAUUGGGAACCACUGACUUAAACUAAACCUAACCCUGGUUACUGUGUAAAUAUGAUAAUUGCCAUUGCUGUUGGAAUUCUGACAAAAGCCUGUCUUUAGUGACCCACCCCAUUAAUAAAUUAAUUAAUACUGUUGAAAUGUAGUCAUAAUAAUGCUUAUCAAGAACAUAUACAAAUAGCUGAUUCUCAAACAUUAAACAAUAUAUAUCAAAAUAUCAUUUUCCCUCUUUAAAAGCAAUGGUAAAACGCCACCUUGAAUAUGUGGUGCAAUUUUGUUUUAAAGAAGUUUAUUGCAGAUUUAGGAAAAGUGCAGAGGUAAGCUACAAAAUAAGUAAAGGGAAUGGAAAACAUUAGUUGCGAGGAAAAGAUAAAAAACUUUUUUUUUUCUCUCUAGAGACAAGGCGUCUCACAGAAAAUAUGAUAACGCUAUACAAAUAUAAACAGAGUUGGUACAAACCACUAUGUACUAACCUGUUCAUUAGCAGAAUAUACAACAGGCGAGGUCACCGUUGAGACUGGAAGAAAGGGGUCUUUGAUGAAAUUAGAGGAAGGGUUCUUUACAGUGAAAACAAUACAAAUUUGGAAUUCUCUGUCUAAAGAAAGCUCUCCCUUAUGUGGUCUCAUCUUCAGUAGUACUCCUGCUAUGGUAACUUCAGCUUUCUAUUAAAUAUGGCUACUGUCAUGAAACAUGCCAUGACUUUAUUACCCAACUAUUUCAGCUACUCCUGACUCACUAUUAGCUCUCAGCACACAGUGUGUACAUUGUUAAAGCAGCAGGAUACUGAUAGACUCAUUAUCUUUGCAGUUUGCAAUAUCAGAGAUUGAAAAAAGUUGAAAUAAGAAUCCGAUUCUGAAUAGAGAUGCCAAUAGCAUGCUUACACUCAUGGACAGCUGUCUACGCUGUCUAAAUGGUAUCUACAUGGAAAUUCCUAAAACAUUCCUUCUCAAAGAACACUAGGCACGUGUAAAACCUGCUGAAAUAGGGCAGUUUUUAAACCAGCCCAAUUUAUUGACAUGCCUAAAUGCUCUCAAGUAAGCUUUGAAGUGAUGCAUGUUGCCCUAAUGUUGCAAUUAUUUAUCAAUUCAUUAUAUUAUACAACGCCAACAAAUUCCAUAGUGCUUUACAAUGGGUGGACUAACAAACAUGUAGUUGUAACCAGACAAGUUUGAUGCACAGAAACAGAGGGGAUGAGGGCUCUGCUCAAUGAGCUUACAUGCUAGAGGGAGUGGGGUAAAGUGACACAAAGGCUAGGAAAGUAGAUCGGUAGAAUAGUAUUCAAUGAAGAAUUAGUGUGGGUUUUUUGGAGCCAUUAACAGUUUAAUUGAUAUGCUGAAAAAGUGAGUUUUUAAUGAUUCUUUUGAAGGAGUGGAGACUGGGUGAGCAUCUAACGGAGGAGGGAAGCGAGUUCCACAGGAACGGUGCAGCCCUACAGAAAUCUUUAAUGCGAGCAUCAGAGGUGGGAGUAUGAACAGAGGGUAGACACAGGUCUUCGGCAGAGUGUAGGAGUCUAGACGGGACAUACUUGUGUAUUAGGGAGGAUCGGUCGGUGGGAGUAGCAUUAUGUAGAGAUUUGAAAGCAAGAACUAGAAUUUUAUAUUGAGCUCUAUAUCUCAUGGGAAGCCAAUGCAGGGACUGACAGAUGGGAUGAGCAUGGGCAUGAGCAGGAAUUUUCCUGGGAGGGGUGGGGGGGUGGGGCAUAAUUGUUAUGACAUCCAUGCUUGGCCCCUUUUUGACAGUGUUAUGAAGAGGAGGAGCAUAGUCAUUAUCUCAUAAAGCCAGGGUGAAUAGUGUUUUCACAACUAUGGUGUCAGGAAUACAUGUUUGUAUUCCUGACACUAUAGUGUUCCUUUAAGCAAAUUAAAGAAACAUUUUGGUCACCAUAACAACUUCAUCUAAAUGAAAAUGCUAUGAUGUCAGGAGGCCCCUGGGUGCUCUCUUUCCUUUAAGGGGUUAAACCGCUCUCAAAUGGUUUGACCCCAAAAAAGGCUUCCUCCAGCUCCAGGUCACUCAGUGGUAUUUGGCUUCUGAAACGGAGUGUCAGAAAGUGCAGAUUGACGUCAGGCAUGGGUGCCGCUGAUUGGCUAGAGUGGUCAGCUGACGCUCUAAGCCAAUCGCUAGUUCCCGAUUCAUAAACAUUUUUACGUUUUUAUGAACGGGGAGCUUCUGAUUGGCUUAGAGUGCCUGCUGAACGUUGUAGCCAAUGAGCGGCACCCCUACCUAGCAGCCCUCUAGAUUUAAUGACACUCAGUAAAUCAAAGUGAACACAUUAACACUGAUCUGUUAUUUACCUGGGGAGAUGAGAAGGUCCAAAGAUUCCUGCCAGGCCCAGGUGCCAAAGCCUUAUCAUGUGGUGUCCAGAAUGAAGUGGAGGGAUCACUUCACUUGUCCUUCCUGCUCCAAUCUCAUUUUCAUCUCCAUUUGACACAGUCUUCUUUUUCUUCUGACACUGUCUUCUCUCCUCCUUGGCUCCUUGUGCUCCUUUACCUUUCUGCUACUUUCUGCUUAUUUUGCAUCCUUCUUCUCCUUUCUCUUUCUGCUCCUUGCAGACCCUUCCUUCUCCUUGAUGACCACUCCUGCUCUUUGCUGACCCUUCCUGCUCCUUGCUGACCCUUCCUGCUUCUUGCUGCCUCUUUUCUACUCCUUGCUGGCCCCUCCUGCCCCUUGCAGACCCUUCCCACUCCUUGAUGACUCCUCCUGCUCCUUACAGACCCUUCCUGCUCCUUGCAGACCCUUUCUGCUUCUUUCUGCUCCUUUCUGCUCCUUGCAGACCCUUCCUGCUCCUUGCUGCCCCCUCCUGCUCCUUGCAGACCCUUUCUGCUCCGUGCAGACCCUCUAUGCUCCUUGCUGACCCCGCUUUCUCCUUGCUGACCUUUCCUGCUUCUUGCUGCCCCUUCUGCUCUUCCUAUUCCUUGCUGAUCCCACCUGCCCCUUGCAGAACCUUUCUGCUCCUUCUACUUUACCUUCCAGUAGGCUGCCUCCCCCCAUCCCUCACUUACCUGAUCUGUUGGCUACACUCUGUGCUGCUCCCCUGCGGAUGCAGUCAGGAGUAAGAAGCAGGGAUAAGCUGUAGCUUCCUAUCCCUGCCUUUCUCAAUUCUCAGCACCACCUACUGGCCGGUAUUGCAGUUUAUCAUCACAUAAAGGAAAAAUUAGCCUUGCCGUCGCAUUCAUUAUAGACUGCAAUGGGGCAAGUUGGAAACAAGUAAAACCACUGAGAAGCGGAUUUCAGUAGUCAAGGCGAGAGAGGACAGUGGCAUGGACCAGAAUCUUAACUGCAUCUAGAGUUAGGUAGGGGCGGAUACACGCAAUGUUUUUGAGAUGAAAGCGUCAGGAUUUGGCGAGCCAGAGAAAGAAACACUAAAAGAACGCUGAGUAAGUGUAACGGAUCAUCUGGCACCCCGACUGGGUACCACCGUUGAUGGAUGCUCCUAGCGCUUCCGGAGGGCUCCAAGCACUCCAGCAGACACCAUGACCACCAUAGACUCCUUCAGCGAGCCAAACAGGAGCAAGCUCUUAAAAGAACUUCGUAGUGAUUAUAGCAAGAGAGUAUGCAGAACAUAGCAAUCCCUUGUAGCAGAUUCCCCCAAUAAGAGACAGCACUCCAAAUUGAGGGUGAAGUAGAACUGAAGCUUUUAAUCAAACACUGCUUUUAUGCACAUUUUGCACACAUACUACUGCCCACAGGGUUUUGCAAAACAACCAAUCAACACAUACAAUACACUCAGACACUCCCAGCAAUUACACACAAAAUCGUCCCCUCUGCCUGUGAUACAAUUAUCUCAACACAAUAGACUAACUUAAUCACAGGCAGAAAAUAUACAGUUUUUACAAAAUAUUAAUAACUUCCAAAAUAUACAUGUCAUUUACAUAAAAUACAUAUAUAAAUACAUUUUCAGAAUCCGCAUAAUUUAAACAUAAAUAUACUCAAAAAUCAUACAAAUCCCUUCAGUAUUUAAAUAGUUAGCUGGACCGAUUUUCAUGCCCAAAACAGUUCCAUGGAUUUGGGCUGUGCGGUCGGUCUAUUUUACACUGAAUCUUCGAACGGGACUUAGUCUCCAGCCGCAGUGUCGAAGUGGAGGAGAAGGUACGGGUCAGCGGUGUUCGUGCAAGUGGGUAGCCGAAAACAGUUCCAUAGAUUUGACAGCACACACCGCUGACCGCGUUCGUAUGAGUUAAAAUCGCUGUAUCCGAAGUGCCCAUUUAAAGUUGCAACACUGCAACACUGCUCCAAAGUAAUUAAAGGGCCAGAAACAACAUUAUAAAAAUCCAUUAUGCCCAAAUCAGUCCCUUAAAGGGCAAUACAUCCCAGGGCCAUAGUCGCAGGGCAUUAGGCUGGCAAACAGGCCCCUCCCAAAACCAGUGGCGAGGUCACUUUCACCACAGUGAGGUAGGAGGAGCACCAGGAGAGAGCAAUAUCUCGUAGCCUGAGAUUACGGAGGAUGAGAAGAAGCUGUUGAUGACCAACAGUAUCAAAAGCAGCAGAAAGGUCAACGAGAAUUAGGAUAGAGUAGUGACCAUGAGAUUUUGCAGUGAGUAGAUACUUUGAUCAGAACCAUUUCCACAGAGUGCUAAGCACGGAAACCAGGCUGAAAUAGAUCGAGCCAAGAAUUGGUGCAGAGGAAGUCUGUCAAUCUCACAUACACAAGUCUUUCAAGGAUCUUGGACGCAAAAGGCAGUAGUGAGAUAGGGCAGUAGUUAGAAUCGGGGUUACAGUCGCUUGUUUGAAGGGUAAUGGAAAUAUGCCAGAUGAGAGGGAGAGAUUAAGAAUUUUAGUGAGAGGCAAAGCAAGAGAAGGAGACAGAGUAUGGAUGAGAUGCGAGGGAAUAGGAUCAAGGGAGCAGUUGGUUGGGCACAGGGCCGGCCUUUGGGGUGUGUGAGCUAUGCGGCAACAGGGACGUUGGGCGGCCGACACAGCUCACAGGUCACUCACAGGAAAAUGCAGAGCAAGUCAAGUGCAUAGUGCUGCUGUGCACUUGACUUACAAAUUAUGAGGAAAGAGCCGUGGCCAGGAACUCACUUGUGGAUAAUGAACAAGUCCGGAGCGUGGAGGAGCUUGAGGGUGCAACAUCGACGUGCUCCACCUUAAAGGACCACUAUAGUGCCAGGAAAACAUACUCGUUUUCCUGGCACUAUAGUGCCCUGAGGGUGCCCCCACCCUCAGGGUCCCCCUCCCGCCCGGAUCUGGAAAGGGGAAAAGGGUUAAAACUUACCUUUUUCCAGCGCUGGGCAGGGAGCUCUCCUCCUCCGAUCCUCCUCCUCUCCUCCCCGUCGGCUGAAUGCGCACACGCAGCAUGAGCUGCGCGCGCAUUCAGCCAGUCGCAUAGGAAAGCAUUUACAAUGCUUUCCUAUGGACGCUUUCGUGCUCUCACUGUGAUUUUCAAUGAGACAGCCACUAGAGGAUUUGGGGGAAGGCUUAACCCAUUAAUAAACAUAGCAGUUUCUCUGAAACUGCUAUGUUUAUAAAAAAAAUGGGUUAACCCUAGCUGGACCAGGCACCCAGACCACUUCAUUAAGCUGAAGUGGUCUGGGUGCCUAGAGUGGUCCUUUAACAGGGAGCCACGGAAGGAUCCACUCAGUAUGUGUGAAGGCGGCGGUUGGUGCUGUUCAUUCGGCAACCUGGUGGAGUGGGAAGCAGACAGCUGGGUCAGGGGAGCAGCAGCCUUUAAUGUAAGUGCUUGUUCUUAUUCAUUUUGUUUUUUUACUAAAUGGAUUUAUUUUAUUGAAGGGGCAGGGGAUUAAAGGAAGGGGCACAGUGGUUUGAUGGUAGGGGAGCAGGGGAUUGAUGAAGGGGCAUGGGACUGAUGAAGGGGGGCAUGGGAUUGAUAAAGGGGGGCAUGGGAUUGAUAAAGGGGACAGGGGACUGAUGAUGGGGGGCAUGGGAUUUGAAGAAGGGGGCAGGGAAUUAAUGAAGGGGUAGCCAGGGAUUGAAUGGGUGGAUGCAGAGGUUUAGUGAAGGUGGGCAGGGUUUUGUAGAAGGUGGUGGAGGCAGUAGAUUGUGAAUGAAUGUUCCUGAAAUUGUUUAGAGGGAGUCAACCAGAGACGGCAGGGUGGGGGUGGGGGGUAGGUGAAAGGAAGGGGUGGCGUGCCAAAAGAUUGACUCGCACAGAGUGCCUGAAUACCUAAGGCCGGUCCUGCUGGGGCGGGAGGACCGAAGUAGAUCAAAAACCUCUUCCACUUUAUCUGCAAAUGAACAUAGAACAGUGGAGGGAGUUAGGUUGGGGAAAGUAUUGUAAGGGGAAGGAGAAAGAUGAGAGAGCUCUUCCCUGAUUCUAGAGCUCUUGUCACUGAAGUGAGUUGCACAGUUUGUGGUGAUUAAGUCGGUAGGAGGAGGAGGAGCAACAGGGCGAAGAAGAGAGUUAAAUGUGUGAAAUAGUAGUUUGGGUUCACGGGAGAGUGUGGUCAUGAAGGUAUUGAAGCCAUUUACUUUUAGCAAAGGAAAGAGCCAAUCUGUAAGGGCACAUCAUAAAUUUAUAGUGGAGAAAGUCAGAUGCAGAGUGAGACUUUUCUCCACCAGCGUUCAGCAGUUCUGCAUGCAAAGAUACUUCAGGAUAUUCAGUUUAGCGUACUCGAGAAACUUUCUCAUUAUUCGAAUUGAAGUGAGGAAGUGUUUUUAAAAUAUUAAAAUGACAAAUGUGUGUUCAUAAAAAACACAGUAUUGCAAUGCCCAGCAUUAACUAAAGAUGCUGAAUAAUACUUCAUGAUACAUCUGUGUGAUGGUGUGCAUUCUCUCCCUGUAGGCCUACAAAUAUGCUUUUGAAUCAUGAAGGGGAGGUGUGUCCCUGGUACAGAUACGCUUUUAAAAUAUUUUUAUUGAAAGAUUUAAAAUUUUACAAUAAAAUGAACAAUCAAUAUGAGAUAAGUUAAAUAUUGACACAACAAACAGAUGCUCUAAGCAUAAAUUAAAUUAUAUAUGUUCUGCAAAACAAUAUUGAGCUGUAUGCUAAUCUGAAAUGACAACCUGCUCAUAAUGUAUCUGCAUUCCACUUUCCUUUAGUGUUCCACAAAUAAUGAAUUUUAUUUUUCAGUUAGCUUACAGGAUGCUGAGAAUAGAGUCUGAACAAUAUCUGCCACCACUUCCCAAAACAUAUAAAAAAUCAUCUAAUCUUUCUCAUGAUGUGGAGUCUCACCAUCAAGAGACAGACAAUGAAUUUAAUGAACUUUUAAAACUAUUACACUGGCCAACACCUCCAGUCAGUAACCUCAACUUCACUCUUUCCACCAGUCCCAAAGAGAGUAGAUAUCAACUUAUGAAUAAACGAGACACCUACAGAGUUGGAGAGAUGUUAGAUGUUCUCAUCACAGCCAAGGAUCAUCUUGCUCACCCGAAUUCCUAUGGAGGAGACUUCUUCCUGGCUAAGCUACACUCUCCAAAACAAAAAGCUGGAGUAACCGGACUUGUGAAGGACUAUGGAAAUGGGAGCUACCUCGCAAAGUUUCUCCUGCCAUGGCCUGGGCUAGCCCAAGUCAGUAUCCGGCUCAUUCACUCCAGUGAAGUUAUCUCAAUACUGAAAGACAAACGAGAUAGAUAUCCAGAAAAGGUGAUUCCAUUGAUUGAUCAUAGGUGGUAUCCUGACUGCCAUUGAUUUAUGAAAGGUGUUUAAUCUGAGCUCAAACUAUUAGAUCGAUUGUAAACUCUGCUUGUUAAUUUUUUUUAUCUAAUAUGGGUAAUCAUGAAUACAGUACAUUACAGAAAAACACUAUGACAAUAGUAAAAAUUUUAUUUAUGGAGAAAUUAAUUUUGUGCUUGCAAACUGCAGAAAUAUGAGACGAAAACCAUAAUUCCGUUUUGUGUUACGUACCAAACCUUGGUAUGAUAAACCAUUAAUAAGUUUGAAUUGAUUUAAUUACCACCGUUAAAGGCUUAAUAACAGUCAACAAAUAUCAUUCCAAAUAACAAAAUAUUAUUAAUUAGUAUGUAGCGGAUUAAUUAGUACAGAGGGGAUGCUCAUGGUUGGAGGCACAGGAAAACCUGUACUAUCUCUUCCCUGUAUGUUACUGUCAUUCGUUUUUGAUUACCUGGGGCUGCCUGUUUAGCAAACAUGAGCCCACUCACGGCAUUGCAAGUGGCGUCAUGGAGUGGUUUAGAAUCUUAUUAAAAAUACAUAGUGUAAUACAGAUAAAGUGUAAAAAAUAGACACGCUAUAUUUUGCACUCACAAGAUGUAGACUGUGAGAUCACCUUAUAGGUGCCACCCCUGAUAGCACUGGCAAUUAAAAUCAAGUGAAAAUAGGACCAUAGGGCCAGGCCUAUAAUCUUAUUUUAAUUGCCAAAUAAAGGAAUUUUUAUUUCAUCUGAUUCCUGUUCCUAUUCCUUCUGGUUCCUGAACCCAAUACCAACGAGAGCAUACAAGGCUUCUUUUAGCCCCUCCUACCCCCCAGUGCUAUCAGGGGUGGACCCUAUAAUGUGAUCUCAGUGUUUACAUCUUGUGAGUGCAAAAUAUAGCGUGUCUAUUUGGUACACUUUAUCUGUAUUACACUAUGUAUUUUUUAUUUUAUUGUUAGGUUGUACAGCUGUAUCCCUUUGUUUAUCUAUAUAUACACACACACACAAUGAAUUAUAUGGUACCCAUCUGGGACGGUUACCCAGGGAAGCUGUAACGUUAUCAAGUUACGUUAUAGUUAUUUCUUUUUCACAUGUUGGUUUGCUGCAUAUAGCACUUUUGUGUAGUGUUUAGUGUUUUUUGGUUUAGAAAAUUGCUUGUUCAAUCCCAAUGCAAAUGACCAAAUUAAUGAAUGGUACCCAACGAAAAUUCAUUCUGCAACCCAUUUGUUUUUUCGGUAAUUCAGUAUUUUCUUAUUUUCUAUUCCCUUUUGGAUGAAAUGAACAAAAAAUUGACAAGUUAAUUUUCAUUAAUUUUUAUGUUUCUCCAAUUAUUAUUUUUUUCUGAAACACAUAAUCUGGAGCUAUUUAGGUGAGGAGUUUGAAGGAUGUGCAUAGUUUUGCUUAGGAGCUAGUGUUAUUUAUUGUGUUCCUCUGAAGUGUGGUCAUAUUUCUGUUUCUGUUUUGUCUGUAUAGGGAAGGAAAGGAUAUUUGGCAUACUUGGAUAUAAGUUUAGCCACAUCGUUACCAGAAAUAUUAGAAAUAGCUCUAAAAGGAAAAUUACAUUCACCAAAACAAAACAAAAAUGAGCCGACACACUGCAAACUGAUUUCAGUAAAGCUACACAUGAUAUUUAAUUUCAAAUAUGUUUCCUGUGAUUAGUUCAUUACAGUGUUUGUAUUUAGAGUUCUGGUUCCGUUCCAGGUCUUUUUUCAUGGGUUUUUCCAAUUUAAUGGAUCCAGUGAAGUAACGGAGUGUAAUGUGGUUGUGUCAGGAAAAAAUGUCUGUAAAUACAUGGAUCCAGUGAGUGGUGACACGUGGCAAUGCGUGAAGCCAAACACUCUGUCAUGCGACUCUUGGACCUAUCACUCCAUGGGUGGAUAUCGACACGUGACAAAUUCUAUUGAGAAUGUUCUGAUGGGUCGGUGAGUAAGAAUGCAUUCUAAUAAUCAAAUACAAGAGGACUACACUGUGAUGGAGGUAUCUCAUAAAAGAUCACACACUCAAAUUAAUAGGAACACAUCAACUCGGGUCCACAACAAGAGGACAUAGUCUUAAAUUAGAGGGACAAAGGUUUAAAAAUAAUAUCAGGAAGUAUUACUUUACUGAGAGGGUAGUGGAUGCAUGGAAUAGCCUUCCAGCUGAAGUGGUAGAGGUUAACACAGUAAAGGAGUUUAAGCAUGCAUGGGAUAGGCAUAAGGCUAUCCUAACUAUAAGAUAAGGCUAGGGACUAAUGAAAGUUUUUAGAAAAUUGGGCAGACUAGAUGGGCCGAAUGGUUCUUAUCUGCCGUCACAUUCUAUGUUUCUAUGUUUCUAUGUUUCUAUGUCCUGCCUGAUAGACUUGUGCAUGGCAGAAUAAUUCAUUUUGGCCAGGUGACGGAGAAUAAAAAGACAUUUCGGGACAGCAGAAUUUUGUGCAUUUGGCAGCUUGACUUCGAAACUGAGUCAUAAAAAAACAAAAAUAUGCAAAAAUCAGUGUACUGCAAAACAAAUACGCAAUGUUAAGUCUAUAUUUUGUAGUACACCGAUACGCACAUUUUCCAGUGUCAUUUUUUUCACAGCUGAAGUGAGAAAAAGAAUAGCAGUAAAAAUGGGUUAAAUAUAUUUAUUAAAUAUAUGAUAUAUAAAUAUAACUUUUUACAGCUCCUUUUUGUUGUCCCUCAAAUAUUCACAGUAAAUAAGAACAUUUAGUGACUGUCCCUUAGCCAUCAAUCUUCUGUUUUCCAUACUAUCAGCUCUACUUUUAUUUUUUUGGCAACAUAAGCAGAACUCCAAAUCAUGAAUCCCAUGACCAUGCAAGAUUAUCUUCAACACUGAUACCAUAUCAAUGACCUCCUUAUUAAGGGAGUAAAGCACUCAAGUCUCUUUUGAUUAAACCUAUAAUUGUCUGCUCUAGUAAAUCACAAUGUAUUGAAGAGGAUUCGGUUCGACUGCUGUCCUGUGACCACACUUAUAUCGACCCUCUUUGCAAUCUAUGAAAUAACCCACCUAUCCUAUUCCCCAGAUCUGUUACUAAUCAGAACAUACCUGGAUCAGUGUCUCCAAUCAUUGUUGAGCCAAUCAACAGUACUAUGGGUAAGAUGCUAAUAUAAUUUAACUGAAUUCCAAAAUAGUUUUCUCCAAUAUUAACCUCUGGUCACAAAUUGAAAACAAAAAUGGAAAGUGUUUCUUAAUAUUUACUAACAGAGAAAGGGGAAUGGAGUGAAACAGUUCCUUAUUAAAUUAAAGCUUAACUUUUAUUGAUCGUAAGUUAAAGUGAUUAGAUCACCCUUUAAAAAUACAUAAAAAAUAAAACAUAUAUUUCCAAUUAUCAACGUAUGUCACUGCAUAGAAGGUGGUAUAUUCCGUACAAAAUGCUGUAGAUCAAAGGUUCUUCCCAACUGUUGCACUGUCAGUCACUUAGAUACAAGUAAAGUAUUUGACACUUUAAGAACUCAAAGUCCAUAGCAACAAUGUAGAAACAUAAAUAGAUAGGUGAAUAGCAUUUACCUCUUUAUAACUUAGAUAAAGAGAAGCAACCAGUGGCGUACACACACUCCAUGGGGCCCCCGGUGCAAAACUGAUCCUCCCCCCUCCAUUUCCUCCUCGACAGACAGAAGACAGACACAGAGACAGACAGACGCACACAGACACACACGACACGUAUACAUACAAAGAAACAUACAUACAGACUGGCACACAUACAAACAAACACACAUAUACAAAACGUUUAAGUCACCCUCCUGUUUCCUACCUUUUGGGUGCAGGAGGGUGACUUUCCCUGGAGUCCAGUAGUAGCUCAGGCUGAUGUGAGUCAGAGUUCCCACUCCCUCAUCUGCUUCCUCCCGCGCAGGCUCUGUGCAUGCUGGGAGGAGUGACCGGGGCAGUCACUUCCUCCCAGCAUGUGAUGUCAUCACAGGGGGCAAAGUCGCGCUGUUAAAGAGCCGCAGCACUGACCAGGCCCCCUGAAAUACCCAUCGGGUGGCCCUAGCAGCAUGGGCCACCCGAUGAACCCCUUGGACCGCAGCCCCUUGGACGGGCCCCCUGAAGUGACGAGCCCAGUCGCAGCUGCAACCCCGAUAUGUACGCCACUGGAAGCAACUAUGUUGCAACAAGCCAAUUUGUAAUUACCGAUUUAUGAAAAAAUAGGUGGCCCACGAUUCCCCUAUACCAGGCUUCCCCAAACUCCAGCCCUCCAGCUAUACUACAACUCCCAUGAUGCUCAGCCUAUUUAUAGAAUCAUGGGAGUUGUAGUUCAGCAACAUGUGGAGGGCCGGUGUUGGGGGAAGCCUGUCCUAUACUAUACAACAGUAUUCUGCUGAAAGAUUAUUUUGCUACUACAUUAACACCCAGAGUUACCCUAAUGUUCCUUCAGACAUUCAGUCUGAACUACAAUAUCUAAAAGUCCCUGCCAAAGUCAUGCUGAAUGUACCUUUACACAAAUCACUUUCUCUUCCUCUGUCAGGAUCUGUUCUUCUCUUCCUAACUGAUCUAGUUUUCUUUAAAACAGAAGACAAAGUAGAGACUUCUUUGUCUUAUAUUUUUCCUACGCUUGCUCAGCUUUGACCCAAGGAGGAGCUAAGUUUGCUUCAUUUCCAGUGGUCAAAGAAGUUUUCCCACAAUAUUCACCUCUCCUGCUGUUGCUUCAUUCAGCGUUCGUACAGCCUGUGAAACAACAACAACAAAAUUCGUCCUAACAGUUUGUCCAUUCAUGUUAGGACGUAAUUCUGUACUUUUUGUUCAGAUCCGAAUAUCAUUCGGAUGAAGGAAAUUCCUAUGCUAUACAUGCCGUGGGUGCAUCUUGCAGCUGCUUAGUAAAUAGCUCCCUAAUUCCCACGGUAUUAGGGAGCUAUCUACUAAAAGGCCGAAAGACCAAAAUUGGUCUUUCAGCCAAAUUUACUAAUACUAAGUAAAGAUUACUUAGUAUUAGUAGUUAAGGGAGAUUAAAAUCUUCCUUCUGUCCCUACUCGCUAUACCGAGAGUAGGGACAUGUCUACAACAGAUCGAGCAGUACCAGUGGCUGCUUACUGUUGUAAAAAAUACUCCCAUGACUAAUAAAGUGGCCCUUAAUGGGGCACUUAUACAAAUAAUUUAAUGUCCCCCCGAGCUCCCACUCAUGCACCAGGAGUGAGGACCACUAAACUAAAUGGGGGACCUAGUGUUUCCCCCAAAGCCUCCACCCAUGACCGGUGGGUGGGGGCCCUAAGAUACAAUAGGGGGGGGAGACUUACUGCCUCCACCCCAGCCCAUCCAUGAGUGACGGGAUGGGGCCCAAAAUGACACUAGAGGGAGGACAUAUUGUCCUCCUCCAGCCAACACCCAGUGGGUGGGGGCCCUAAGUUACAAUGGAGCCAGGCUCUCUGUAAAAGUGUUGUAAAUUUAUGGUAAGAAUGGUUAAAGAGCCAGGAUCUCUCCAAGAAUGUUGCAGUUCAUAUAAUAGCCCCUUAUAAAGUUUUCUGAUAACUAUAUUUCAUUUUGCUUAGAUCUUUUUUGAUAAAACUUUGAAUAAUGCUAAACCUCUUAUUUGAUUUACAUUUGGAUACAUUUAUUGUACUUGUGUCAACAGGGCCACAGCUUCCACCUGCGGCAUGUCUUCUCCCUCUCUAAAGAGCCUUUCUGCAGCGUGGUUACCACAGCAACACUCAAAUAGCGGAGACUCAUGAAAGAUUGAGAGAGGACCUGCUGGAGAUGGAGUUUCCUGGGCCCCCAAUAACAUAAAAGAGAGCAGGAUAUUUAUGGACUGAUGCAAGGUUAAAAUUUUGUGCUGAUUAAUAAAAAAGUAAAGUUUUAGACGAAGUCCCAAGAGUGCUGACCAUCUUUUGGAAUAUCUAUCGAUCUUUUCCCACAGGAAUUACAAAUUUGCAGUGAUUUUACUACUGCAAAGGAUUCUGGGUAGGAAUAUGCAAAUUAGUUUAACCAAGAAUCACAUUUUUGCCUCCUUCCAUGUUAAACAUGGAUUCAUUUGAGUCUGUUUGCUGUAUACAACAGCUUUGAAACACAACUUAGGAAAAGGAAUCCAUGUUAAAAAUGGAAUGAUGCAAAAAUGUGAUUCUUUGUUAAACUAAUUUGCAUAUGCCCACCCAGAAUCCUUUGCAGUAGUAACAUCACUGCAGAUUUGUAAUUCCUGUGGGAAAAGCAAGUCUUGACUGGUGUGCAUAUUUUUGUUUAACAUUGUAUUCACUAUCCAUAGACUUCAGGUGGAAGGGGUUUUCAAUCACAAAUAUUUCCCCUUUGUAACCUUUUAGAUUUUUGCUAUGACUCUCUUCUGUGAAAAUGUGAACGAUAACAUUUCAAACCCUAGAAACGUUUGGAAACUCAAACAACUUACAAACUCCCCCAAUCCACUCCCAACCCUCCACUGUCAAAGUGGACAACCAAACCCUGCAACUUCCCUUAGAUGCAGCAAAUGCCCUUAAAAGUUAUUUUGUCAGUUCCUCCACGACCCUGAUUGCCGAGCUAAUAAAUGACACAUCCUAAAACUACAAAUGUGGAUCAGGCCCCACUAAAUUUGCAAAGACCCAAUAUAGAGAAGUUCAAUUUUACACCUGUACCUAUUAGUGUCAUUAAGAAACAACUUAAUCUAAAAGUGAAAAACCAGUCUGGACCUGAUCAAAUUCCAAAAAUGCUGUUUAAGCUCAGUGCGCCGGCAAUUGCUAAACCUGUCACAACCCUAAUUAAUGAAUCCUUAGUGUCUGGAUUUAUACCAAAACUUUGGAAGACUGCGAGAGUAGUGCCUAUCCAUAAAAGCGGUGACACAACUUUGGUUUCUAACUAUGGCCCAAUAUCGUUGCCCCCAGUAUUAUCAAAAAUCUUAGAAAAUUGUGUCCAUACACAACUGUUACCAACAAUCAAACUGAGUAUUACCAACAAUCAAACUAUCUGACCCCUGAUCAGUGAGGCUUUCAUCAGAAUCACUCAAGUACAACUGCCCUCUUAAAAGUUUGCAAUGACAUCCAAACUGACAUGGAACAAGGAGCCCUAACUGGAGCUAUUUUUCUUGAUUUUGUAAAAGCCUUUGACACAUUAGACCACGACAUUCUUGGGUAUUGGUGAUUGUUCGCUAACCUGAUUUCGAUCAUAUGCAUCAGAUCAGAUCGAUAGCAAUAUGUGUCGAUUUCUUACAGCGACUCCCUCCCUCUCCCAGUCACGUGCGGUGUUCCCCAGGGUUCCAUUCUCACACCCUACUAUUUACAAUAUUUAUAAAUGAUCUGCCUAAUGUCUGCAAAUCUUCAAGUGUACACAUGUACGCAGACGACACAGUAAUUGUCAUGAUCUUGUGGAGGUCCUGACGUCUCUUUUCCAGUUCAAGUUUAGUUAGUGGUUCUCUUUUCUUGCUUUUCCUGGAAGGUGAGUUUGACUGUCUUUUUGUCUGGGUUUUUCCUUUCAGGAGGAUUGCUGGAACUUGAAUGAACUACACUUAUUAGGGCUUUACAUAAUUCCAAUAAACACUCGGCUAGGAUCUUCAAAACAUCAUUUAACCCUGAAUUCUCCUGUUUAAGGCCUUUACAUUCUGUAAUGUGCAGGUCAGAUAGGAGACUUAUGCCUGGGUUGACUUUAUUAGUGAUUUUAAACAUAUGAUGAAACUUGAGGUAAAACAGAAUUUAGGUAAUAUGCCACAAAACAGGAUACUUGCCACAGAACAGGUUACUUGCAAGUAAUAAAGAAUGUCUGAAAUUUCCAGGUAGGGUUGUAACAAAGCCAGGCUGUUUACAGUAUAGGUAAGGCUGGAGCAGGUUAUUGUUAGGAGCAGGUUUGAAGGUAAAUCUGGAGCAGGUUCACAGGAGCCAGGAUAUGAAGCAAUUCAGGUAAAUCACCAAUUUCAAUGUAAAGGCCAGUGGUAUUCUCGUGUGGGACCUUUUGUAGGUUCUGUAAUUAGUCCUAGGCAGGUGAGGACUGAGGUGACUAGUGGCUAGGGAGGCCACUAGUGGUGGAGAGCUGGAACUUCUUUUAAAGGAACAUAAAUAAAUUAAGAUAAAACAUAGUUGUCAGGAUACGAUCCUAACAGUAAUUUAUGCAAGCAAAUCCGUUCUACCGAAGCUUGAGGCUGUGCUCGAAGACCGGUUCGUAGAGGUAGAAAGGUGGAUUGCAAAAAACAAACUCUUCCUAAACACUGACAAAACUGUCACAAUGAUCUUUGGAAGAGUACCUAAAUUACACAAAAUACACAAUUCUCACCUAUCCAUCAAAACAAAUUCAAAUAGCACACUGAGCGCAGUCCACUCUUUCAAAUACUUUUUGUUGUUAGACCCCAAUCUAUCUUUUAACCUCCACAUAGAAAAACUUGCAUCUAAACUUUAUCCAAAACUAGGUGCCCUGUACAGAAACAAAUCCUGCCUAAGCCCUACAGUAAAGGAAAAGAUUGUACAGCACAUGCUGAUGCUAAUCAUUGAUUAUGGGGAUGCAGUAUAUACACCUGCACUGCAAACCCACCUUUAUAAACUUAAUACAUUGUAUAACUCGUUCUGACGCAUUGUGCUACAAUGUAAUUACAGGACCCACCAUUGUGACAUGCUAAAAGAACUAGACUGGCUGUCGCUGGAAUCCAGACGCACCCUUCAUCUUCCCACCCUUGUAUUUAAGAGCUUUUCUGGGAAGCUCCCACCAUACCUUAGCAGAAUGCUCUCCCCGGCUGUUCCCACCUGCUAUAACCUCCGAUCCAGUACCAGCACUUUAUUUAGUCUACCUCAAUACAAAAACAAAAAUAUAAUAAUUAUAUAUAUAUAUAUACAUACAUAUACACACACACACACACACGUGAAGUGAAUGACAUGGGAAGUGGAAUAUGGUGAAGGAGAUUAUGGUUAAAUGAACAAGUUAGAGAUGAAAGCUCCAGUAAGAAAGAUAAAAGUAUACAUUCUUCUUCCCGAUGUGUAUUUAACUUAUUUUUUCUCUUCUCUUUCUUUCUUUCUCUUUCAAACAUCAGGCUAUUUAAAUACAUGUAUUUCAUUAGUGUGAUUAAUUCCUACUCUCUCUAACUGUCCCUCAGGCUUGACCUCAAACCUCACCGUCUGUAAGACUGGACAAGAACCACCACAACCCUCUGGAUAUUAUUAUAAAGACAUCUGGACUUCGCUGGUCUGUUUGGGGAAACAUUUUCCUCGUCCAUCUGAUGCCAGAGACUGCUUACGUGGGAAAAUUAUACACAUGAUUGGUGAUUCCACCCUACGACAGUGGUUUGAAUAUUUGGAGAAAUUUAUUCCAAGUGAGAGAUAUUGAAUGACAUUAACUGGGCAUCUAUGGGAAUAGUGAGAGGUUGAGAAGGUUGAGUAAACCGUGAGAAUAUGAGUUCGCAGAGUAGUUAGAACCCAAGAUAUUUCCUGAAGGGUCAAAGUUUAAUCCACAAUUAUUAAAAACUUUUCAGAUGUAUGAUCCACCAAUGAGUAAUUUGGUGUUUCUUAAUCAAUACGUUUUAUGUUAGGAUACUGUCCCUGUUCAUUGUGUCUAUCUUUCUUAGUAAUUUCUGGCCCAUUUAGGAGAACAUAUUACUGACAAUCAUAAACAAAUGCAGAUACGUUGUUACACCUGUUUUAAUUUGUUUUCUAUUUUAUUUUUUUUAUUUUUUGUUUUGUCGUGCUGUGAGUUAAAAAAGAUAGGGUUAACAUACACAUCGAUGUACAUUACAGUGUUAUUCAGUAGUCUUUAAACAGUUUGUGUGUUACAGCUUAGCACUUUUCAAAAAAAAUAAUUAUUUAAACUUAACAUGCAUGGGUGGUUAGGCGGUAUUAGGAGACAAUAGUGAGCUUACUUAUGUCUGUUGGAUAGUAAAUAGCAUUAUCUAGGUUGUGUAGUGGCAGUGGUGGUGUGAUCUGGAGUGGGUGCUUUAUGUCAGGUAUACAGAUGUAUACGUUUUGUCAUAUGGGGAGCGAUUUAGAUAAGUCCCACUUGUGGAUCCAUAGGGUGGGUAUGUAGGUGUAGUUUAGGUUAGAGAUGCUUGACAGUAGACUGUGUGAAAGCUCUUCCUCCUCGUGGAGAUGUAGUAUACCCAUGUGCUGUGUAGGCUACUCUGGAGGGGUAGUGACCCUAACCCAGGGGUCAUGGGGGGGAGGGGUUUGCACCCUGUGUUACAUUAUGCCUCAUGUUGUUACGCUAGUGGACCUGGUCCGUAACAGUGUAUCAACAGUAGAGUCAAACUGUCAAUAUGGUAGUCGGCAGCAAUGAAGUAGAAAAGUAAAGAGAAAGUACAAAAAAAAAAAUAGAACUGAUAACUUUCGGUUCCUGUCUUGUGCUGAAAGUUGUGUUGAGAGGACUUGUUGGGUGUGCUGUAGUUGGAGGAUAGACUCUUUUAGUGUGGAAGGUUCCCGCUGGAUCACCUUUACCUCCCCCUCUGUGUUUACCACUUUCUCAGUGAUUUGUUGCAUGCUUGUUUUAAGGGCAGGUAAGUCUGCAGCCAGGAGACUUUGUAUUUCCUGCAGCAUAUGUUGUAGGUGCUGCAGGUCCUGCUUGGUUGUAGGGUCUGUGCUUCCCUGCAGUGUUGUGGUCUGUGGCUGUGUGGCUGGAACCUCCGCAGCCACCAUCUUGCUGGAGCAUGGUGCCUAUAUCAGGCUGUACAGCUGCCGUAUUUAGUUGGGGCUUCUGUGAUCUACACCCCAUCUCUGUGGCUGUGUGGUCGGUGCUGCACUGUAUCUGGUCUCCGUGACUUCUGGGCAGUUCUGGCCGAACAUAUGUUCCAGGCCGUAGAAUGCUGGUGUGAGGUAGGCCCCAGCUUUGUGCUUCGACUUAGCCUGUUACGGGGUGUACCAGAAGGGCAUCAGGUGGUGCAGUACUGGUUCCCGCAUUCAGGUCUGGUACAUUUGUCCCUGGAUGGCUUUGUCAUGUGGAGAUUUUAGGUUGAUUGAGACUGGAUAGACGGGAGCAGUCAGAAAUGGCAUCUGGUCCGUCUCCCUGCUAGGCUCCGCCCACAUACCUUUCAUUUUUAAUGUCCACUUUUAUGUUGAUAGAAGAAUUGCCAGACUCAUCCUUAUCUGCCAUCCAAGUUAGUUUCUAUAAGUCUGGAAGUUAAAAAUUAUGUAUCGAGAUUAAUUAAAAAUAUCUAUGUAAUUUAUAAGAAGAAUUAAAUUAUGCAUCAGCACUAAUCUACUUCUGUUCUGUCCCUCUAGCUCUCAAAAGGAUCGAUAUGCAUGUUAAUUACAAAUCAGGACCCUUACUAGCAGUAGAUCCAGACUCGGGCUUGGUAAUGUACUGGAGGGCCCAUGGACUACCCCUGAGGACAGGCAAAACAAUGGUAUCAGACAUGCACUACGAAUCAACGCAUAUAAGUGGGAUUGGUGGUGGACCUAACACUAUCAUAGUUAUGACCCUCUGGGCCCACUUCACCACCUACCCAGUUAAUGUCUAUUGGGAAAGGUUGUGUCGAGUCCGUAAAGCUGUUGCCUCUCUACUUCUCCGUAGCCCUCAGACCACAGUGCUCAUCAAGUCUGCAAACACAGGUUACAAAUCAAUAUAUGGUAGUGACUGGUUGUCUCUCCAGCUGGAUAUUUUAAUGAGAGAUGCCUUCAAAGGAAUGGCUGUCACUGUGUUGGAUGCCUGGGGCAUGACUUCUUGUCAUUACCUACCUGAUCGCAUUCAUCCUGGGCUACCCAUCAUCAAGAACGAGGUUGAUCUCUUGUUAUCUUAUAUUUGUCCCCAGUGAAGCAGAAAGGAAUAACAUUGCCUUGCUGAAAAGAAACCAACUAUUUGCUACACUUCUGGAUUGACUUCUUCUUUGUAUGCACUUUAGGAAAAUGGUAUGAAUAUGAAACAUAUACAUCGAACAUGGCUUUAAAAAUACAAAUGUCCCUAGACAUAGUGUCUUGUGGCAGAGCUAAUACUUAGAAUCUAAAAGGUGUUGGAAGAACCCCUUUCAUUUAGAGAGUGAACAUAUCUGAAGUAGUUCAUCUUCUCACUAGAGAUAACCAGAUUACCGGUGUAGGAAUGCAAUUAUGUAAUAUUUUAAAUUUCGCACCCUCAAGAACAAUGGGGGAGGUUUAUUGAAGGGUUCUAAAAAUUAUGCAAAAUGCUAAAACAGAAGCAGUCACCAGGGAAACCAGUGGAACCAUCAGACACAUUCAAUGGGUGUCUUCUCCUCUUUUAUAUCUUCGUCCUGCUUUUCAGAACACAGCACUUUCGUAAAUCUCUCCCAAAAUCUCAAACGGACACAUAUGUAAAAAAAAUACAAUUUGAUUAAUAGUAAUUAGUAACACUUUAAUUUGCAACAUAUGCAAUCCUUUAAAUAAUGACUCUAAAAUGACCAACAUAAAAUUAAUUAAAUCUUGAUGCAACAGCAUUAAAACAUGCAUCAUUGUACCAUCACACUUUACUAAUGUUCAUCACUGAUGUAAAGUAAACUCUGCCAUGUUUUAUACACAUGUAAAAAAGAUCGCAAAAUACCAAGUGCUCUGACAAUCAUCUCGUACCAGUUCUUAGACAUGUAAUGGAGGAUCCCAAUUUCAUGAACGUGGACUAUAUUUAUUUUAUACAUUUGUCUUAUAAAUAUGUAUAACUAUACGUAUGUUUUUAUAUAAUUUGUAUAAAUUUAAUAAAUGCAUAAUAACAUUUUUUAUUAUAAUAUAUUAUAAUGAUAAGCAUUUUUUUAUCUGAAUCAGAUUUCCAAAACUCUCCCUUUGCUGAAUUCUUUCCAAAAAAGAUAAGAAUGGAAAUAUUUCACAUUGCCUGUCUUUGUAAUAUCUGAUAGCAAUGUUCCUAAAAUGUAUUACUUCACCCAGAGUUUUAAUGAAUUAAAUCUAUUCAUAUUUAUUUUUCUGUGUUAAACAAAUAGGCUUCAAUUUUCAAAAAAUAAAAAAUAAAACACUGCAAGUAAAUCAUUAUUAAAAUAAUUAAUUAAGUCAUUAUAUAUAUUAUAAAGUAGUACCUAUCCAUAAAAGUGGUGACAAUACUUUGGUAUCUAUCGCCCAAUAUCAUUGCACCCAGUAUUGUCAAAAAUAUUGGAAAAACGCAUCCACACGCAACUAUGUAAAUAUUAUCAGCAUUUAAAUUAUCUGACCCCUGAUCAAUCAGUUUUUCGUCCAAAUCACCCAACUUCGACUGCCCUCCUAAAAGUUUGCAAUGACAUCCAAAUUGGUAUGGAACAAGGAGACUUAACUGGAGCCAUUUUCCUUGAUUUUGCCAAGGCCUUUUGACACCGUAGACCAUGGCAUUCUUUUGCAAAAAUGUAAAAACUCAGGCAUUAGUGAUUGUCCACUAACCUGGUUUCGAUCAUAUGUUUAAGACCGAUUGCAAUAUAUGACCAUUUCUGAUAGUGCCUCCCUCCCUCUUCUGUUCUGUCCCUCUAGCUCUCAAAAGGAUCGAUAUGCAUGUUAAUUACAAAUCAGGACCCUUACUAGCAGUAGAUCCAGACUCGGGCUUGGUAAUGUACUGGAGGGCCCAUGGACUACCCCUGAGGACAGGCAAAACAAUGGUAUCAGACAUGCACUACGAAUCAACGCAUAUAAGUGGGAUUGGUGGUGGACCUAACACUAUCAUAGUUAUGACCCUCUGGGCCCACUUCACCACCUACCCAGUUAAUGUCUAUUGGGAAAGGUUGUGUCGAGUCCGUAAAGCUGUUGCCUCUCUACUUCUCCGUAGCCCUCAGACCACAGUGCUCAUCAAGUCUGCAAACACAGGUUACAAAUCAAUAUAUGGUAGUGACUGGUUGUCUCUCCAGCUGGAUAUUUUAAUGAGAGAUGCCUUCAAAGGAAUGGCUGUCACUGUGUUGGAUGCCUGGGGCAUGACUUCUUGUCAUUACCUACCUGAUCGCAUUCAUCCUGGGCUACCCAUCAUCAAGAACGAGGUUGAUCUCUUGUUAUCUUAUAUUUGUCCCCAGUGAAGCAGAAAGGAAUAACAUUGCCUUGCUGAAAAGAAACCAACUAUUUGCUACACUUCUGGAUUGACUUCUUCUUUGUAUGCACUUUAGGAAAAUGGUAUGAAUAUGAAACAUAUACAUCGAACAUGGCUUUAAAAAUACAAAUGUCCCUAGACAUAGUGUCUUGUGGCAGAGCUAAUACUUAGAAUCUAAAAGGUGUUGGAAGAACCCCUUUCAUUUAGAGAGUGAACAUAUCUGAAGUAGUUCAUCUUCUCACUAGAGAUAACCAGAUUACCGGUGUAGGAAUGCAAUUAUGUAAUAUUUUAAAUUUCGCACCCUCAAGAACAAUGGGGGAGGUUUAUUGAAGGGUUCUAAAAAUUAUGCAAAAUGCUAAAACAGAAGCAGUCACCAGGGAAACCAGUGGAACCAUCAGACACAUUCAAUGGGUGUCUUCUCCUCUUUUAUAUCUUCGUCCUGCUUUUCAGAACACAGCACUUUCGUAAAUCUCUCCCAAAAUCUCAAACGGACACAUAUGUAAAAAAAAUACAAUUUGAUUAAUAGUAAUUAGUAACACUUUAAUUUGCAACAUAUGCAAUCCUUUAAAUAAUGACUCUAAAAUGACCAACAUAAAAUUAAUUAAAUCUUGAUGCAACAGCAUUAAAACAUGCAUCAUUGUACCAUCACACUUUACUAAUGUUCAUCACUGAUGUAAAGUAAACUCUGCCAUGUUUUAUACACAUGUAAAAAAGAUCGCAAAAUACCAAGUGCUCUGACAAUCAUCUCGUACCAGUUCUUAGACAUGUAAUGGAGGAUCCCAAUUUCAUGAACGUGGACUAUAUUUAUUUUAUACAUUUGUCUUAUAAAUAUGUAUAACUAUACGUAUGUUUUUAUAUAAUUUGUAUAAAUUUAAUAAAUGCAUAAUAACAUUUUUUAUUAUAAUAUAUUAUAAUGAUAAGCAUUUUUUUAUCUGAAUCAGAUUUCCAAAACUCUCCCUUUGCUGAAUUCUUUCCAAAAAAGAUAAGAAUGGAAAUAUUUCACAUUGCCUGUCUUUGUAAUAUCUGAUAGCAAUGUUCCUAAAAUGUAUUACUUCACCCAGAGUUUUAAUGAAUUAAAUCUAUGCAUAUUUAUUUUUAUGUGUUAAACAAAUAGGCUUCAAUUUUCAAAAAAUAAAAAAUAAAACACUGCAAGUAAAUCAUUAUUAAAAUAAUUAAUUAAGUCAUUAUAUAUAUUAUAAAGUAGUACCUAUCCAUAAAAGUGGUGACAAUACUUUGGUAUCUAUCGCCCAAUAUCAUUGCACCCAGUAUUGUCAAAAAUAUUGGAAAAACGCGUCCACACGCAACUAUGUAAAUAUUAUCAACAUUUAAAUUAUCUGACCCCUGAUCAAUCAGUUUUUCGUCCAAAUCACCCAACUUCGACUGCCCUCCUAAAAGUUUGCAAUGACAUCCAAAUUGGUAUGGAACAAGGAGACUUAACUGGAGCCAUUUUCCUUGAUUUUGCCAAGGCCUUUUGACACCGUAGACCAUGGCAUUCUUUUGCAAAAAUGUAAAAACUCAGGCAUUAGUGAUUGUCCACUAACCUGGUUUCGAUCAUAUGUUUAAGACCGAUUGCAAUAUAUGACCAUUUCUGAUAGUGCCUCCCUCCCUCUUCCAGUCAUGUGUGGUGUUCCCUAAGGCUUCAUACUCAGCCCCCUGCUAUUUACAUUAUUUAUAAAUUAUCUGACUAAUGUCUGCAAAUCCUCAACUGUACACAAGUAUGCAGAUGAUACUGUAAUCUACGCUAGUAAACCCGAUCUACCGCAGUUUGAGGCUGUGCUCCAAAACCAAUUCACAGAGGUAGAAAAGUGGAUAGCAGAUAACAAACUCUUCCUGAACACUGAGAAAACAGUUACAAUAAUCUUUGGAACUGUACCUAAAUUACAUUAACUACAAAAUCAACAACUGUGUAUCAGAACAAAUUCAAAUAGCACACUGACAGCAGUCUGUUCUUUUACAUAUCUAGGUAUGUUGCUAGACCCCAAUCUAUCACAUUGAAAAAAUCUCUUCAGAACUUUACCCAUAACUAGGUGCCCAGUACAGAAAAUCCGGUCUAAGGCCUACAGUAAGGAAACAGAUGCAUCAAAUGCUAAUGCCGGUCAUUGACUAUGGGGAUGUAAUUUGUGCACCUGCAUCACAAAUCCACCUUAAUAAACAUAAUACAUUAUAUAAUUCAUUCUGCUGCUUUGUACUAGAAUGCAAUUACUUUACCCACUGUUGAGACAUGUUAAAAGAGCGAAGCUGGCUGUCGCUAGAAUCCCAACUCACUCUUCAUCUUUCCAGCCUUGUGCAAAAGAGCUUUUCUGGGAAGCUCCCACCCUAACUGAGUAGAAGGCUCUCCCCAGCUGUUCCUAUAACCUCCGAUCCAGUACUAGCACGAUAUUUAGCAUACCGCAAUACAAAAAUAAAUUGUCUCAAUCCUCAUUUUUCUACAGAGCAUCGCAACUAUGGAAUAACCUCAGGGACACAGCUAAAUCUUCAUCAAUUCUAAAAUCUUUUAAGAAAUCUAUGGUGAUAUACCUAAGCAUAGAAUGCACCUGUCAUGGUUUAAUAUAUUUAUCACCUG